AUGGCUGCGUUAACAAGAUUCAUCAGCAAGUCAGCUGAUAAAGCCCUACCAUUCUUUGUAAUUUUGAGACAAAACAAGCUGUUUGAAUGGGGGAAGGACCAAUCUAAGGCGUUCCAAGCUGUGAAAAAUCAUUUGAGGUCCUUACCCACCAUCGCAAGGUCGGAACAAGGAGAAACGUUACAGCUUUAUAUCUUGGCCUCAGCAAAGACGGUAGCAGCGGUGCUCCUAGUAGAGCGGCAAAAGAUCCAACUGCCAAUUUACUUCGUGAGCCACGUUUUAAAUGCUGCCGAGAGAAGGUAUCCGGUAGUAGAGAAGAUCGCGUAUGCAGUAGUUGUGGCUGCACGAAAAUUGCGUCCUUACUUUGAUGCGCAUGCAAUUGAUAUCUUAACGAAUCAGCCGUUAGAGAAAUCUUUGCAAAAAAUGAAAACGUCUGGCCGCUUGCUUAAAUGGGAGAUCGAAUUAUCUGAAUAUGUUAUUACAUAUAAGCCAAGGGUAUCAAUCAAAGCCCAGGCUUUGUCUGACUUCAUUGUCGAAAUGUCAUAUUAUGAAGAAGAGGAUGAUGCCGGCACAUGGAAGGUAUCAGUUGACGGUUCAUCUGCUUCAACCGGCUCAGGGGCUGGGGUAAUUAUGAUCUCUCCCCAGGGAGAUGUGUUCGAGUAUGCCGUUAAGUUCAAAUUCAAAGCCUCGAACAAUGAGGCAAAAUAUGAAGCAGCGUUAGCAGGGAUACAGCUGUGCAUAUCUGCGGAAGCAAAGCGCAUUGAGAUGACAACUAACUCUCAAUUAGUGGCAAAUCAGUUUAACGGCACUUACGAAACUCGAGAGCCAAGUAUGACGACAUAUUUGGCAAAACUCACGAGUGUUACUUCUGGUCUAGAAUACUUCGAAAUCAAGUUGGUUCCUCGGGCAAUGAACACACAGGCAGACGCCUUGGCUAAACUCGCAAGUUCAAGCUUCAAUGACUUGGAAAGGACAGUUAUGGUAGAGGUUUUGAAAGAAAGAAGUAUUGACGAACAACCUCCUAAAGACGUAUGUUGCACGACUGCGGGACGAGAAUGGUAUGAUGAUAUCUUGGCUUACAAGGUACAUAAUGUUCUUCCUGUCGACAAGACGGAGGCAAGAAAGGUUCGGAAAGACAGUGUAUGGUUUAUCAUGUUCCGAGGCUUGUUGUAUAAGCAGGGGUUUUCGUUACCGCUACGAAGAUGUAUAACGGCUUAUGAGUCGGCAAGGCUGAUAGAAGAAAUACACGAGGGUGAUUGCGGUAAUCAUGCGGAGGUCGGUCAAUGUCCUUAG